AUGAGCGCUCAACAACCGCAGGGUGCUGAUGUGGAGAAGAACAUUGAGAUCUGGAAGGUGAAGAAACUGAUCAAGCGAUUGGAAUCUGCCCGCGGAAAUGGAACUUCCAUGAUCUCGCUCAUCAUUCCUCCCAAGGAUCAGAUCUCCCGAGCGGCAAAGAUGUUGGCUGAAGAAUACGGUACUGCCUCUAACAUCAAGUCCCGAGUCAACCGUCUCUCCGUCUUGUCUGCCAUUACCUCCACCCAACAGCGUCUCAAGCUCUACAACAAGGAAGGAAAGGAGCGAAAGAUUAACAUUGACUUUGAGCCUUUCAAGCCCAUCAACACCUCGCUCUACCUUUGCGACAACAAGUUCCACACAGAGGCUUUGAGUGAAUUGCUGGAGUCGGACCAGAAGUUCGGUUUCAUCAUCAUGGACGGUAACGGUGCGCUCUUUGGUACUCUGAGUGGUAACACUCGCGAGAUUCUCCAGCGUCUUUCCGUUGAUCUGCCCAAGAAGCACGGACGUGGUGGUCAAUCCGCGCUGCGUUUCUCUCGUCUGCGUGACGAAAAGCGUCACAACUACGUGCGUAAGAUUGCCGAGUUGGCCGUCCAGAACUACAUUACCAACGACAAGGUCAACGUUGCCGGUCUCGUCUUGGCUGGUUCCGCCGAUUUCAAGAACGACCUGAACCAAUCCGAUAUGUUCGAUCAGCGUCUGCAGACCAAGGUCAUCAAGGUGGUUGACGUGUCUUACGGUGGUGAGAACGGUUUCAACCAGGCCAUCGAGCUUGCGGCUGAGACUCUGGGUAGCGUGAAGUUCAUCCAGGAGAAGAAGCUGAUUGGAAAGUACUUCGAGGAGAUCAGUCAAGAUACCGGCAAGGUCUGCUAUGGUGUUGAGGAUACCCUGAAGGCUUUGGAGCUUGGUGCCGCCGAGACCUUGAUUGUUUUCGAGAACCUGGAUGUUACUCGUUACCAGUUGAAGGCCUCUGAUGGCUCUGAGGUGAUUGUCAACGCCACCAAGGCCCAGGAGGCCAACAACCGCGAGAUGUUCGCGGACAAGGAGACUGGCACUGAGAUGGAGGUUAUUGAAACUAACACCUUCAUUGAGUGGCUGGCCGAGUCUUACAAGGACUUUGGUGCCACUCUGGAGUUUGUCUCCGAUCGUUCUGGUGAGGGUAACCAGUUCGUGAAGGGUUUCGGUGGUAUCGGUGCCAUUCUCCGAUACAAGGUCAAUUUUGAGCAGCUUGCCGACUACAGCGAUGACGACGAGUUCUACGAUGAGAGCGAGGAUGAUAAGCCAGAAGCUCCCUCGGCGAGUGUUCUGACGGCUCGCCCCGUGGAUCAUGAAGGCAGCUCCAAGACUGGAACCAAGGCAUCCGUAAAGGAUUCCUUCUAA